UUUUUUUUUGGGUUUAAAAUAAUUAGUGUUGUUGCUAAUAAUCUUUUGUCUAAACUUGAUAGGGAGAAUUACGAUUCGAUCCCCGCAAUUACGAUAAGGAGGAGAUUGAAAUCACUUGAUCUUAAAACUGACCCGGAACCAGAUAAAAAAAAUAAAAGGUGUAUUUUUAGUUUUUUUUUUUGUAAAGGUAUUUUUAGUUACUUGUGUACUCCCUCCGACUUUAUUUAUAAGUAAAAGUUGUUUGUUAGAUUCAUUGAAAAACCAAUGUAUCUAUCUAGCCUAUAUUUAAGUUAGAUACAUUAAUUUUUCAAUGAAUCUAAAAAACAAUUUUUGCUUAUAAAUAACGUCAGUAGGAGCAGUUGGGUUAAAAAGAAGAAGCCAAAAGGUUCACUUUAGGCGGGAUUAUGGCUAACAUUGGCGCUUAUAGUAAAUAAUAAAAAAUUAAAAAUACAGUAAAAAUAUAUUAAAAAUAAUUGACAAUUAAUGAAGUAUCCUCUACGCGUCUUUUUCUUAUAUAUAUACAUUGAGAACCUUGAUAGAGUUUCGCUUACCAAAAAAAGUAACUUAGUAGGGUUUUUCGCUUAACUCACUCACUCACUAAACUCUCAAACCCUAAUCCCAAAUUCUCAAAUGGCACCAAAGAAACGCCCCACUUCUCCUCUCGAGGAUGAUCAGAAACCUUCAACCCAAAAGCAACCAGAAGACAAAGUAGCUCACGAAGAAGAAGAUGAAGAUGAUUCAUCCGAAGAAGAAGAAGAAGAAGAAGGUUCAUCAUCUGAAGAAGAAGAAGAAGAAGAAGAAAAAGAUCAAUCUCAAACCGCUUCCAAAAACCCUCCACCUUCUACUCCUAUCUCAAACCCUAAACCGGCUUCUGAAUCUGAAUCCGAAUCUGGAUCAGAAUCCGAAACUGAUUCCCAACCAGAACCAACUCCACCUCUUAACCCCAAAGUUGUUAAACCAGACGCUUCCAAGCCAAUGAAGGCCCAACCAAAGGCCCAAACCCAGGCCCAAACAUAUUCUAUACUAGCCAGAUCUGGAACUAAACGUGCCGCUGAAAACGAAAAUGACUCAAACCGUUCAAAGAAGAAAACAACCGCCGUUGCCGUCACCACCGGUGGUGAUUCCAACGACGAGAAUGAGAAUGAGACUGAGAAAGACGUGAAAUUGACUGGUGAAGACUCAAAGAAGAGUACUCAGAGACUUUUCAGCGAACAAGAUGAGCUUACUAUUCUCAAAGGACUCGCUGAUUUCAUUUCCAAAACUAAAAAGGAUCCGUUGAAGGAUGCAUUGGCAUUUCAUAGUUUUGUGAAGAAAUCGCUUAGCGCUGAAGCUAGCAGCGCACAAUUGAAGAGGAAGGUUCGUACAUUGAAGAAGAAGUUUGAAACUAGUGACAGUUUCACUAAACCACAUGAUAAGAAAGCGUUCAAGCUUUUCAAGAAGGUUUGGGGUAAUACUAGUGCAAAUGAAGCUGAAGAAAAUGGAAAAAUUACAAAGGGUGCUAAGAAAGAAUUAGUUAUAUCUAAUAAGAAGGAAGCUGCAAAAGUGAAAACUGUUGUUGAUAAUAGUUUGAUUGUGAGUGAACUGUUUCGUUUUGGUGUUUUUGCUGGUUCGUCUGUUUUGAAUAAGGAUGCUAUGGAAAGGUUGUUGGAAUUGAUCGAGGAAUCGAAGAGGGUUGAAUUCGUGGAAAAGUGGAAGCAGGUUCAAAUUGCUGAAAUGGAGUUGCUUGUGAGACGUUCACAGCUGGCUAAGGAACAAUCUAACUUGUUAUUGCAGGCACUCAAGAAAUCAAGCAAGUAGGAGUUUCUUUGUUAGGUAUAGUUUUGUGGUUAAUGUGGUCUUGUUUUGGAACUGUUAUCCGUUUAUUAAUGUAGCAAUUUUGAAUCUAUCUUAUGGUCUUUUAGGUUGACAUUUGAUAACAACUGUGAAUCUGUGAUGUUUUGAUUAUCGGCUACAUGAAAUGAAAUUAUUAUGGUUUAGGAA